AUGAGUGGCUGCGAAUAUAUUCCGAGUAUUCUUCAUCUUCCUGAACACCCAACUGGUGCUGUUAAGGAAGUUAUGGAUCUCCUCAACACACAGCUGAGAUUAGAAUUAAACGACGAAAGAGUUUAUGUUGGAACGUUUACAGCUUUCGAUAAAUUCGGUAACUUUGUUCUUACAAAAGCAGACGAAUACUUCCGUGAUCAAAUUAGACCAAUGCAUAUGGUAAUAGUUCCACUAUCUUCAGUAGUUAAAAUACAUACUAGACCAAUUCCCGAAGAAUACAAUACCAAACCAGACUUGUAA